CGUCACCACAAUAUGACAUGUCAACGCUCCGGCCGACGCGCCCCUAUCGACUGUAUCCCGCUUAUUGCUUUGGUGCAUCUCCGACUUUCAAUACAUGGGUGAAGCUCACUGUUGCCGAUGUGCAUGCUCUCCGGUCUGAGAAGGACUUCGAAGGACAGCGCAUAUACUUCUAUCAUAACCACCCUAUUCGAUAUGUUCGCAUAAUCGGCGUUGUUGUAGCCAUCGAUGACAUCAACCUCAAGUAUACGGUCCUCACCAUCGAUGACGGAAGCGGAGCGAUUAUCGAGCUGAAGAUUGUGCGGGAGCUGCCAGCAGAGAAGAACCCCGUUGAUACUUCCUCGCCCACAGAGAUUGAAAAUGUUGAAGUCAUCAGUCGGCUUGGCAUCUUUGAGGUUACAGUAGACAAGCAACCCCUGGACAUUGGAUCCGUCCUUAAAGCCAAAUGCACCAUAUCUGAGUUUAGAGGCACAAAGCAGCUGGAAUUGAAACGAGUUUCCCUUGUCACAACGACGGAUGAAGAAGCACGCGCUUGGGCAGAGACAGCCACUUUCAAGCAAAAAGUACUGGCCAAGCCAUGGCACAUUUCCUCGACCGAGCAUAAGAAGAUAAAACACGAUAUCAAGACUGAGAAGAAGCGACAGCGGGAAUAUGAGCGACGCAAGGCGGAGUAUGAGGUUAAGAAAGAAGAACAUAGACUGGCGAGAGAGGCUUACUAUGAACAAAGAGAAAAGAAACUCGAGGCUCGGCGCCGGAAAGAGGAGGUUAUGAUGAAUGCUGGCGCCUUGAUUUGAAGCAUGGUUGGGUCAAGGAAGUAACCCGGUGGUCAAGCCCCUGGAUCUCCUUUUAGUUCUUGAUUAAUCUCCUUGCCGAAGAGUUUCUUAUGAUUCUGGUAUCGCACAUCAUGUGAGAAGUCUGGAGUUGGUUCGCCUGUAGCGCUACAUGUUCCACAUGCAGUCCUCAUUAGCCAUAACAGAGGUGAUCUAGUAAAGAUUCCGGCAUUCGUGACCUAACUAGACGCUAGCCGAAGACGGAGAUUCCUAAUAUCUUAGCACGGUUGCAGUUGACAAGAGUAGAGAUUCUUACAACUAAUCAGAUCGCAUUUCUUCGUGCACGAAAACCCGUCUAAGG